AUGCUCAGCCCGGCCUUGCCAGCCAGCCUGGCCCGCGCCGCUGGCCGCACCCCGAGCGCCGUGCAUCGAGUCAUACAGUUAGCCUCGGCCUCGUCCUCGUCGUCCUCGCUGCCGUCGUCACCGUCAUCUUCUUCGCCACGCUCGAUCGCCUGCACCACACUGCGUACACCAUGUCGCGCUUGUCUGCCAUCGCACCGACGCCACUUUUCCUCCACGGCGGCCUCGGCCCAUGACACGCAGCGUGGGCCACGGCGCACGCUCAAAGACUUGCCAGACAAGGUCGACGUCGAGGUGGGCCCAGCAGGAAGACUGGCAAAGGUGCUGCCCCCGCGAAGAGGCAACAAGAUCACCACCCGCGUCGGAAGCAGCUAUGCAGGCAAUCACACCUUUUCCUGGAUCGGCAAGCCUUCCAACCUGCUCAUCGUCAAAAAGGCAAACGAUGAGCGCGCGACAAAGGCCAUGGGCCAGAUCAUUCGCCACAUCGAGAAAGAGUACCCCGAGCUCAAUGUCAUCGUCGAGCAGGACGUCAUCGACCGCAACGAGGCCUCGCUCGCCACGUCCUUUGCCAACCUGGUACCCGCCAGCCCCGCCGACAAGGCCGACCUGGUCGCAAAGACCGACUUUGUCAUCACCCUCGGCGGCGACGGCUCCAUCCUGCACGUCUCGAGCCUCUUUGACCGCGACGCCGUGCCGCCCGUCCUGAGCUUCUCGAUGGGCACCCUCGGCUUCCUGCUGCCCUACGACAUCUCCAACUUCAAGCAGUCGUUUCGCGAGAUGGUCGACGGCAACGUGACGCUGCUGCUUCGCAUGCGCCUCAAGCAGAGCAGCCACCGCGAGGACGGCGAGGCUUUCUGCCAGAUGGACCAGAUGAGGGACGGAGGCGGCUGCUACGAUGUCCACCUGAUGAACGAGGUGGCGCUGCACCGCGGGCGGGAGCCGCACAUGACCAUGAUCGACGCGUACGUCGACGGGCAGCACCUCACCCAGGCCAUCUCCGACGGGCUCAUUAUCGCGACGCCGACGGGUUCGACGGCCUACUCGCUCUCUGCGGGCGGGCCGAUUGUGCAUCCAUCGGUGCAGAGCCUGGUGCUGACGCCCAUCUGCCCGCGUUCGCUGAGCUUCCGAACGGUGCUGCUGCCCAGCGACUCGGUCAUCCAGCUAAAGAUCUCGUCCAAGUCACGCUCCCCCGCCGAACUGACCGUCGACGGACGCAUCUCGAAGCUGCUACAACCGGGCGAAUACCUCCAGGUCUCGAUGAGUCCCUUUCCCAUCCCCUGCGUCAACCGCCCGCACUCUCCCGCCCCUCCUUUGUCCACAACCGCGACGACGGGGACAACCACGACGACGGGGACAACGACGACGGGGGAACGGUAUUCGGAUCGAGGCGAAGACGACUGGGUGCGCGACAUCAAUACCCUGCUCAAGUUCAACGCCAGUUUUGGCGGUAGGGGCACCUUGGGUGGCAAUGGUGGUUUCGAAGAUGAAGACGGUACCGCUGCUAGUGCUGCUGGUGGUGGUGAUGGUGGUACAGUGUAG